GAUCUGAUUAAAAGUAUGAAUAAAUUAAUUGAGUUAAUUUUAUUUUUGCAGGACUGGGAGGUGAGGUAUCACCGGGACUCCCCCAUGACCCCCCGGCAUGAUGUCAACGCCCCCGACCUCUACAUCCCCACCAUGGCCUUCAUCACCUACAUCCUGCUGGCGGGCAUGGCCCUGGGCAUCCAGCAGAGGUUCUCCCCGGAGGUGCUGGGUCUGUGCGCCAGCACCGCGCUGGUCUGGAUCAUCAUCGAGGUUCUGGCCCUGCUGCUCAGCCUGUACCUGGUCACCGUGCACUCCGACCUCACCACCUUCGACCUGCUGGCGUACUGCGGCUACAAAUAUGUGGGGAUGAUCCUCACUGUACUCUGUGGGCUGCUCUUUGGCAGUGAUGGCUACUAUGUGGCUCUGGCCUGGUCCUCCUGCGCACUGAUGUACUUCAUCGUGCGCUCCCUGCGGAUGAAGAUCCUUUCCUCGGUCUCAGCAGACGGGAUGGGCGGACACAACUCCAGGAACCGCCUCCGCAUGUACAUCACCGUGGCAACUGCCGCCUUCCAGCCAAUCAUCAUUUACUGGCUGACCUUUCACCUCAUCAGAUGAAGGAGUCGGUGUGGCUGGAACCUAACAACCCUCUACACACACACACACUCACACAAACACAAAACUCGCACGCAUUUGAACACCAGACACAGUCUUCUUUUCUUCUGGGGGGGUUGACUGAACUGGGGGUCGUAGCAUCAUGAAGAGGUUAGUUACUGUGUACCCCCACCCUGUUACACACCCUCACUGCGUCGUCACUGACCACAGCACACACACACUGCACACACGCACACACACUGCGCACACACACAGUGGGAUCUUGACUCCUGCUGAAACCACAAGACUUUUCAAGGUGUUGCCCUGAUUGACAGCGAUGAGGAGCGAAGACUCUUCACACUCAGACUGUGUACAGAAGAUCAGGGUUCGAGGGGGUGGGGGGAGGGGGGCAGACUGUGUGCGGAGGAUCCGGGUUCGAGGGGGAGUGACGCGUGUCUGUGAGAAGAGCCCCUGGGCCUGGUGCACCUGCGUGUCCAGUGCAGAGCUGCGGUUGAGUCUGUCCACUCGGGGUGAAUUCGACCGCUACUGGACAACAGCGAGGCCAAGUGGACGGGACUGGACUGGGCCGGGCCGGGCCCACAGCGGUGAGAAGAGUCUCAGUCCCGGUCCCGGAGUGCCCAGCGCGUCCCCCCGCCUGUGUCGGGCCUGGGAGGGGGCAGGCGUGCGACAGUGUGCGUUCGGACCCGCUAGGCUAGUGGGUGAAGUCACCGGCCCUACUGAGGGGGAGCGAGCCGGACCUGCAGGCUUGGCUGUCCUGUCCAGUUUUUGUCUUGUGCUGUUCAAUAAAAGCAGAUACUGGGUGUCUG